AUGUCUCAGGACACGAACCUCUGGAGCGUCCGCAGGAAACGAGAGACGCUGGGCGGCCUCAGCACGAACAGCGGAAUCCCCGCGCCCGGGUCGACGAUGAAGCGCUCGAACCCGAACCCAGGCCACUCCGGCUACGGCGCCGGCCACGGCCGCUCCAUGUCGGGAUCUAGGCACUCCCUGGCCUUGACGCGUCCGAACCAGCCCAUGUUCCAGCGCGCCUCCUCUGGCGCAAGCCUCGCCGACCUUGGCCUGUCGUCGGUCAAGCGCACCUCGUUCCAGCAGCCCCGGGCGACGUACACGCCGUCCGCCUUCACCCCAGCGGCCGCGCGGCCAUCGACGGAUGCCGACAGGCGCAGCAGCGUAUAUCGUCCGCGGCAGUCGACGGUCGGCCCCGUCAGCCAUCAGAGCUUCUUCCAGACCACGCCGCAGGCAGCGGGCGUGCCGCGCGAUCCACGGCCGCUCAGGGACCGGGCCUUCCAGGCGCGAAUCGCCCAGGAGCUCAUGGACUAUAUGGUUCAGCACAACUUUGAGAUGGAGAUGAAGCACUCGCUAUCGCAAAACAUCCUGAAGUCGCCGACCCAGAAAGACUUCAACUACAUGUUCCAAUGGCUGUACCAUCGGAUCGACCCCAGCCACAAAUUCCAGAAGAACAUCGACCAGGAGGUGCCGCCCAUUCUCAAGCAGCUUCGGUACCCGUUUGAGCGCAGCAUCACCAAGAGCCAGAUUGCCGCCGUGGGUGGGCAGAAUUGGAGCACUUUCCUCGGGCUGCUGCAUUGGAUGAUGCAACUGGCCAAGAUGCUCGAGGGCUAUGCGAACAACCAGUAUAUGGAUGCCUGUCUCGAAGCUGGCGUUGACGUGACUGGCGAUCAUAUCAUCUUUGCCUUUCUGAGCAAUGCCUACCGCGACUGGCUCGCCAUGGACGACGACAUGGGCGAUGAGGAUGCUGAACGGCUGCUGGCACCGCACGUCGAGGCCAUGGCCAGGGCGUUUGAGCAGUCCAACUCGAGGUACACGGCGGAACUCGAGAUGCUGGAGGCCGAGAACGAGAGGCUGCUCAAGGAAAUCGAGGAUCUCGAAAAGUCAACCCCAGACCCUGCCGUCUUGGACAACCAUUUCAGGAUCAUGGAGGAGGAUCGCGUCAAGUUUGAGGACUACAACGAGCUUGCCAUCCAGCGGUCGGAAAAAUACGAAGCUCGUAUCCAGGUUCUGCAGGGGGAGCUGGAAAAGCUGAUGGAGGAGUUGAAGGAAGCCGACGAAGAGCGACGCGGGCUUCAGAAAGCUGUCGAUGACCAGGGCAUUAGCAUGCAGGAUAUCGACCGCAUGACUUCUGAAAGGGAACGACUGCAGCGGGGUAUCGAGUCGGCAGGGCAGCGCCUGGAGGAAAUCAAGAAGAAGGUGAUGGAAAAGGAGGCCGAGGCCAGCCGAAGGCUCGACGAGCUGGAGCGCAUGGUCGACAGGUACAACACCAUUGCCUACCAGAUAGCGCUCAUCCCGGCCACGGCGGCCAACGCCAAGGGCAGGGAAUAUGAGCUGCAGGUGACUCUCAACGGGAGCGAGCCGGGGUCGUCCAACUGGAAGAGCUCCAGCACCACGCACACACCAGCGACCGACCGCCUGCUGAUUGAUGCUACGACGGGUUAUCAGCCGGGACACGUCCUUAACCUGGACCUCAGGGGCUCGAUCAGGAGCAGCUUCAUAGCGUUGCGCAAAGAGAUUGCGGAGCGGCGGAGCGCCGUCAUGGACGACAUGAUGAAGGACCACGACCUCCUGGACGGCAUUAAGGAGGCCAUCGAGGACAAGCGCAACGAGGUCGAGGCGCUGAACCACCGGGUGAGGGCGGCGGAAGAGGAAUACGAAAAGACCAAGGAGGUCGCCACGGCGCAGAAGAUGGGAUCUGACGCGCAGAUUGAAAAGAUGGAAAAGGAGCUGUCGAGGAUGCGCGCCGGCUUGACGGAGUCUGUGCAGCUGCUCGAGCAGCGCGAGAUUAACACUACCAUUGAAUACGAACAGCUUGUAUUACGGGCCAACUCGCUACGAGAAGAGCUGCACACGGAGAUUGACCGCAUGCUCAACGACGUCAUCAAGUUCAAGAUUCACGUGCAAAAGAGCCUGGACGACUACGAGGGCUUUGUGGCGGACGAGCUGGAGAAGGAGCUGGGCGGCGACGAGAUGAUG